GAUGAAUGGCGAAGGUCAUUAGGUGAGAAUUAUUUCUUAAAUAAUAAGCUGUAGCGAGGUUAGGCACUCAACCUUCCAUAAAAGUCUUCGACGACCGCUCUCUAAUAAAAUUCUAACAUCGAAGCCACGACCCAACUCCCAUUUCCUCAGCCCUUUCAAUGGAAUUUACACCUUUCUUCUUCCUCCUCAUCACAAUCAUCGCCUUCACCGUCGCCGCAGCUCAGCCACACAGCAACAUAACGUUAAGUUCCUUUCUCACCACCACCACCGCCGGAGCCAGAAACCUCUCCUGGCUCUCCCCCUCCGGUGACUUUGCCUUCGGCUUCGUCCCCCUACCAACCAACGCCUCCCUCUUCCUCCUCGCCAUCUGGUUCGCCAAUCUCCCCAACACCACAACCCUCAUAUGGACCCCAAAUCGAGACAAACCCCUUCCCCCCAAUUCCUCUGUCAUCCUCACCUCAGAUGGACAACUCUCCCUUCGAGAUCCCACCGGAACCGAAAUUUGGAACCCCGGUGCUCCGAAAGCCUCUUAUGCCGCCAUGCUCGAUACCGGCGACUUCGUUCUUGCGGCUUCUGACAGCUCCAUUCUCUGGAAUAGCUUUUCAGACCCGACAGACACCAUUCUCCCUACACAAACCCUAAGCCCUGGAACGGAAAUUGUGGCGAAGCUGAGCAACGAUGAUUUCAGCAACGGCCGGUUCAAGCUACGGAUGCAGAACAACGGAAACCUCGUCUUCUAUCAGAUCGCUGUACCCACCGGAUACCAGUACAGUUCCUACUGGGCCGCCAAUUCCCUGAUGGCGAACUCCCGGCUCAUCUUCAACGUUUCAGGAAGCAUUGACCUAAUCUCUCCAAACGGCUCUGUAUUAUCAACUCUGACCUCAGCAACGAUGAAAUCAACCUCAGAUUACUACCACCGAGGAACUCUCGACUACGAUGGAGUCUUUCGUCACUAUAUUUACCCAAAGCAGACAACCGUCGCCGGCGGUGCGGCCGAGUGGCUUCUCAUGGAUUUUAAGCCGGCAGACAUCUGCCAGAAUUUAAUUACAUCGCCUGGAAGCGGAGCUUGCGGGUAUAACAGCUAUUGCGGCUACGACACGAAGCAGAUGGUCGCCUGUCAGUGCCCGGUGGGCUAUUCAUGGGUCGACCCGAACAGGACUUAUAUGGGAUGCAAGCCCAACUUCACCAUGCCUAGCUGUAUCUCUGGAGUGCCGAGUGAGGGGUUUCAGAUGGUGAGAAUAGAGAAACUCGACUUCCCCAUUGAAGAUUAUGACCAGUUCAAUCCCAUGGAUGAGGCGGAUUGUGAACAACAGUGUUUAGAUGAUUGCUUCUGCGCGGCUUCGAUUCACGAUGGAAUAGGCAAUUGCUGGAAAAAGAAGUUUCCUUUCUCCAAUGGGAGGAAGGGGAACUAUGUAAGCAGAGUAGCCUUCAUCAAAGUAAGUAACAACGAUAACCUACCAAGCUCCCACUGUACCAAGAAGAGAACUUGGAUCCUGCCCGGUUCAAUAGUUCUCGCAGGCUCCGUUGUACUAAAUUUCAUCAUUUUAUCUAUAACCCUCAUUUAUCUUCGCAAAAGCAAAAGGAAACAGAACCAUCAACUUAACGACAGCGUUUUGGGGCCGAAUCUUAAGGCAUUCACAUACAAAGAGCUCGAGGAAGCCACCAAAGGCUUCAGUGAAGAGCUCGGAAGAGGAGCAUGCGGCACGGUUUAUAGAGGAUAUCUUGGUCCUGAGCUCACCGGAACCCCCGACCUAGCUGUUAAGAAGCUACGCGACUUCCAGCCAGAUAUUGAUAAGGAAUUUGCUAACGAGGUGAAAUCUAUCGGCCAAACUCACCAUAAGAACCUUGUGCGUCUCCUUGGUUACUGCAACCAAGACAUGAAGAGGCUUCUUGUCUAUGAGUAUAUGAGUAAAGGCUCCCUUGCAAGCUACCUCUUCAGCGGAAUUCGGCCACCAUGGGAACAAAGAGUGGAAAUUAUUCUCGGGAUCGCGAGGGGCCUUCGAUAUUUGCAUGAAGAGUGUAGCACACAGAUCAUUCACUGCGACAUAAAGCCGCAAAACGUACUUCUUGAUGAGAACUUCAAUCCAAGGAUUUCAGACUUUGGGCUCGCAAAGCUUCUGAAAACAGAUCAAACGAGGACGAACACAGGAAUAAGGGGAACGAAGGGGUACGUUGCACCCGAAUGGUUCAGGAACUCAGCGAUAAGUGCCAAGGUGGACGUUUAUAGUUUCGGGGUUAUGGUUUUGGAGAUUUUGUUUUGUAGGAGGAAUGUGGAGAAGGAGAUGGAGGAAGAGAAGGCCCUUCUUACUUUUUGGGUAAGUGAUUGUUAUAAUGAUGGGAGAAUUGAUGCUCUUGCAGAGGGAGAUGAGGAGGCCAUGGCAGAUAUGGGGAGGGUGGAGAGGUUUCUGAUGGUGGCUUUGUGGUGCGUGCAAGAAGAGCCGGCCUUGAGGCCGACGAUGGGUCAAGUAACGCAGAUGUUAGAGGGAGCAGUGGUGAUUGAUCCGGUGCCGCCUUCUCCGUGAGGAGGAUUAUGCUUGUAAUAAUCAAUAAAUGAGCUUCUAACUGGCCGAGGGUUGCAGUGGGAACUAUUCUGAUUAAUUAGUUCCUUUCUUCAAAUCAGAGAAAUACGAAAGCAAUUAAAUAACAUAAAAGCAAAUUAGUUUAAUUGAAUUGUUUGGAAUCAUUGAUCUUGCGGUUAACUUUCCUCCGAGAAUGUUUCUGUCAUGUAAAACAAAAUUUUGAUUACUAACUUUCAUACAGCAUCUUUGUAAGAAUAAUUUACUCUAUA